AUGUCUGAGGAAAUUAAGCUUGACACCCCCAAGUUCGACGCGCGCUUCCCGAACGUCAACCAGACCAAGCGCUGCUGGCAGAAUUACUUCGAUUACACCCGCUGCGUCGAGGCCAAGGGUGAGGACUUUGCCCCGUGCAAGCAGUUCCUCAAGGCAUACAACGCGCUGUGCCCGAACGAGUGGGUAAGU